UUCCGCCACACCUCUGACGCAUUUUGACAGCUGACGUAAAAUCUGUGCGCCAGAAACUCAAAGAAGAGCGCGACUGUGUGGAGUAUUUUAGCCGUGGUGCACGGAAUUUAACUGUCAUUACUGCAUGGUUUUCUACCUAUUCGCAUAGUCCACAUCAGUUGUUCAGCAGCUAAAUGAUAGCUCGCUCAAUGCAUUCUUGAGCGAGUUCGUUAUCUAAUCGGCAUGAACUCGAGACAGUCGGUCGUUGUGCCGCGAGAGCUUCCCGCUGCCUGGGACGCUGUAACUGCAGCGUUGGUGUCCCCGAUGUCCUCCGCCGCUCAGUCAGAGGAGUCCCUCUCCCACGCCAUAGCGUUGCUCUGCAGCCAAGGCCUGGGACAGUGCGUGGAGGGCUGGCUGCUGGAGACCAUGCAGGUGCGGCUGACCUCGGCCGUGGCGCCCGAGUUCUGGGCGGGGCUGGAACAGCCAGAAAACGAGCUGGAGGAGAGGGACCGGGCUAGGGUCCUGCUCCAGGCCUUCCGAACCCUCCUCGCCCGACUGGAGCCUUUCUUAGGGGGGCUGGAGCGGCUGGGGGCCUGGCAGGACGAGGGCCGGGGGGGCCUGUUCGGCGCGGGGACCCUCGGGCUGAGGGAGAGGGCCUUUUCCGUCACCCGGGCCAUCCUGCUGUUCUCCCCGUCGGCGGUGCUGCAGGACAGGGUGCUGGAGUUCUACAGCCGGACCCUGGCCGUGCACAUGAGCCGGGAGGGGGAGGGCGGCGACGGGGGGGGCGGCGAGGCGGCCCCGGGGCCCGACAGGGGCCUGUGCCCGGGCUGCGCCACCCCCCCGCAGCGGUGCUGGUGCCAGGAGGCCCUGGAGGAGCUGCAGGAGCUGAGCCACAUACUCUCCAGGCUGCAGCUGCUGGAGAGGGUGAGUGCCGAGGCGGUGACCUCCAUCCUGCACAGGCUGGUGGCGCAGAGGAUGGAGUCGCGCUGCCGCGGGGAGUACGAGAUCUCCUUCCUGUCCGACUUCCAGGAGUGGCUGGAGCGGGUGUUGGGUUGGCUGAGCCGGGUGUUUGUGAGUGAGGCGGGGGGGCCGUGCGCUGGCGCGGAGCGGGGCAUCAUGGCGGACGGGCCUGGCUCCGGCGGCGUGGGGCGGGGCAUGAUGGAGGGGGCGGGGAAAGCUUCGCCUGGCGGCGGCGGCGGCGGCAGCGUGCUACAGCGCUGGCGCUGCCACAUGCAGCAGUUCUUCUGCAGGAUUUACGUCAACAUGAGGAUCGAGGAGCUCUUCAGCAUCAUCCGCGAUUUCCCAGAUUCAACGCCCGCUAUCGAGGACCUGAGGUUCUGUCUGGAGAGGACCAAUCAGAGACAGCAGCUUCUCACUUCGCUCAAGUCUGCCUUUGAAACAAGACUCCUUCACCCAGGGGUGCACACAUCUGACAUCAUCACGGUCUACAUCUCGGCCAUCAAGGCCCUUCGAGAGCUGGACCCGUCCAUGGUCAUCCUGCAGGUGGCCUGCCAGCCUAUUCGCAAGUACCUCAGGACGCGGGAGGACACCGUGCGGCAGAUCGUGGCCAGCCUGACCGGGGACGCGGAAGGCUGCAGUGACCUAGCCAAUGAGCUUUCACGCGCCGACCCCGUCACCCUGGAGACGCAGGACAGCGAGGACGAAGGCAGCGACCCUGAGGAGUGGACCCCAGACCCUACAGACGCGCUCACAGAUAAGACGGGCUCUAAACGCCGCUCCUCUGACAUCAUCAGCCUGCUGGUCAGCAUAUACGGCAGUAAGGAGAUCUUCAUCGAUGAGUACCGCACCGUGCUGGCCGACCGGCUGCUGCACCAGCUCAACUACAACACCGCCAGGGAGAUUCGUAACGUUGAGCUGCUGAAGUUGCGGUUCGGGGAGUCCCACAUGCACUACUGUGAGGUCAUGCUGAAGGACGUGGCGGACUCCCGGAGGAUCAACACUAAUAUCCGGGAGGAGGAGGCGCGUCUCCCCGAGGAGGAGCAGCCUCCCCUGGCUCUGUCGGCCAUGAUCCUCUCCUCGGAGUUCUGGCCCCCACUGAAGGAGGAGAAGAUGGAGCUCCCCCCAGUGGUGUGUCAGGCCAUGGAGGCGUACACCCACCGCUACGAGAAGCUGAAGGCUAUGCGGACCCUGAGCUGGAAGCCCCACCUGGGUUCUGUGACUCUGGACAUUGAGCUGGGAGAUCGAACCCUGACCAACCUGUCUGUGUCUCCCAUCCACGCUGCCAUCAUUCUGCACUUUCAGGACAAGAGCUCCUGGUCGCUGGAGGAGCUGAGUGGGGUGCUAGGGGUGCCCCAGGAGGUGGUGCGGAGGAAGCUGGCUCUGUGGCAGCAGCAGGGGGUGCUGCGGGAGGAUGCGGGGGGGCGCUACUCGGUCCUGGAGACGGGCGCGCUGCGGGAGCGGCCGGAGCGGGGGGUGCUUCUGAUCGACAGCGACGAGGAGGGCGACUCCAACACCACCACCCAGUCCGAGCAGAGAGAGGAGAAGCUGCAGCUGUUCUGGGCCUACAUCCAAGCCAUGCUGACCAACCUGGAGAGCAUGACCCUGGAGCGCAUCCACUCCAUGCUGCGCAUGUUCGGGGCCACUGGGCCCGUCCUCACCGAGAUGGACGUCAGCGAGCUGCAGGCCUUCCUGGAGAGGAAGGUGCGCGACCACCAGCUCAUCGUGUCAGCCGGGGUCUACAGGCUCCCCAAAUCCAACCACUGACAGGGAGAGAGAGAGAUGUGAGCAACGGGAAGUCCCCAGACUCAAAUCCAACCACUGACAGAGAGAGAGAUGUGAGCAACGGGAAGUCUCCAGACUCUAAUCCAACCACUGGGAGAGAGAGAUUUUGAGGGAUGAUUGUCCUCCACUUGGAAAAAUACCAUUUUUUGACGCAGGCCAAAUGUUCUGCUUGAGAUGAAUCUGGAUUCCCUAGAAACGCAGUGUAUACUGAUUACUGAGAGAGAAUGGGUGGGGCUAGCAGUAUCAGACGUGGUAAGAACAUAUUGAGGGGGAAACCCUGUCUAACGUGAAGGUGCUGUAUAGGCAGAGGAGGGGGCUGUAGACUUCAGAUGUCACCAGUAAGAGCUGCUCUUCUUCUGGUAUCCUGCACACUUUUGAACUGAACUCUCUUCAUGAGGUGUGACCCCCCCUCCCUCCCCCCACCCUGUCGAGGCGCCCGUCUUAAUUUCAGUGUGUCCAAGAUGCCAUCUCACCUGUUUUUGGUGUGACCAUAAUGUUUACUUUUGACUUUUAUAAUAAAUUUCAAAAAGGGAAACGAAGCUCAUGUCAGACCUGUAUCUGAUCUUCCAGGAAGCAUGCUGAAUGUGUGUUCUUGAGAAUCAUUAAAAUAUGUCUGAUAUUGU